ACGUAUCUUUGACGCCGUUACAUGUGCCGUUAAAUACGAACUACGCAACAUUAUGAUCGUGGUGUCGUUUCAUAGGCGGACACACUCGCCUAGCUUUCUUUUGACGAAAAAUGCAGACGGAUUGUAGCGAUCGCGCUUCAAUCGGUUUUGACUUAUGACUCUCGCCAUUUAAGGACGGCACAAUUGACGAUAGCCUUAGAAGGUCCAGCCAUUUCUCAGAAAACGUCUCUCCGAUUAAUUCUUGCAAGAGCUUCUCUUUCACGCCAUUGAUUGAAGUCGUCUCGACAGGCUGUUACGAACAGAGUUGGAGAACAGUUUGAAACGUGAUUACAUCUGCUGUUCUUAGCGCAGGCAAUUGUCUAGUGCGAGCGAUUGUGCUUCCGUUAGCGUUGGCUUCGCCGUUUCCAGACGUGAAUUAUCACGAGAGUAUGGCGUUGAUUUCGGUCAUGGCGUACAAGGCUGUUGAGCAUGUAAAGCAGGCAGGCGCGUUCGACGCAGCUAACGAGACCACCAGUGGCACGACCGGUAACGCCCUGAACGCAGAGGCCGCUGUUAACACACUGUCAGCAACUGUACCCCCGCCAGCUCGUUACAAUGGCAAAUUGAUGAACAGCAUUUGGGGUCUUUACAACAUGCACGCCUCGCAUGCUUUCCAGAAAAACAUCGAGCUCGCUCCAGGGGUGGCCCACCCCUCGGUGACCCAGAACGGCUCCAGGAGUGCGAGAAGAAUAACAACGAAAUCCAGCUAUUUCGGUAACACGUGCAGAGGGUUGCGGUUAUUACGUAGCAUCGUUAUAAAUCGUAAGUACCAGGCUGGACCUUCUGAGUCAUCACUGAGUGGGACAUCUGUACCAGAAUCGUAAUCGUUGAGAUCAAUAAAGCACAAUCAUGUGCCCAGUUUGACUGUUCAAUUUGU